AUGACGUCCAUCUCUUCCUAUGGUGGCGGAGUCGUCCUCCCCCGCGGUGCUGACACAGCCGAUUGGGUACAUGCGUAAGUCGGUUGCGCUUCUGCAGAGGCUGGAGUGGAAGGCGAUCGAUAGCCGGCGGAGAGGGGGGAGGUGGGCUGAGGUGGGGUGAUGCGCAAGCAACUCGUCGGGACGGAGCGCCGAGGCAUCGGUCCGCGGCAAGGGCAUCACAACUUGAAGAGGGGAACACUGACCUUGGACUCCCACUCUACUCUCCAAAUCACAGGCGGUUCGAAAGGGCGGUCGACAUCGUCCAAUCGUGAGUUGGCCGUCCUGUUUCACACGCGUCGUACUCGUCGUCCUCAAUCAUCCGGGAUCGAUACACCCUUCGAACUGAAUCCGUAACUAAUCUCACCCACAAUCACCGCACAGUCUUCCUCGGACUGGCCCUAUCCAAACCAACUACGAUGACAAGCUCUUGCUGUACAGGUAUGUCCUUCCCUUUGCGCCAAGAUCGAUGUGUUGACGCCCCCAGCGCGCGCGCGCUACGACCCUAGCGCGAUCGACCCCAAAAGGAUAGGCUGAUCUGGUAUUUUUUUUCGUUCCUCGUCGAAAACUGUAGCGUCUACAAACAAGGUGGGCACGCGUGCAACAGCUCCUUAUCUCUUACCGAAGUGUCGAAGCUGACCUCGUCUGGAUUCGCGCGGGCUCCUACUACAGCCACCGAAGGCGACAUCAAAGUCCCGCGCCCGGGCAUCUUGGACGUGUUGGGCAAGGCCAAGUGGUGCGCUUGACGAGCGACGGCUCAGCUUCGACCAGCGUCGGAGUGCUCAGAUCUGAUGCUCUGGCCCUUGCUUGAAACGCAGGGACGCUUGGAAUAAGAAGAAGGGACUUUCGCCGGAAGAGGCCGAGCGGCUCUACGUUCAGGGUUUGCUCAAGGUGAGCCCCUCGACGUGGUGUUGAGGAUUGUAUUGGCCGGCGAUCUGACCUUGGAGGCGGAUAACCAUGUUGGCAGAUCCUCAAAGGCUACUCUGAUCGACCGCAAGCGAUCGAACUGAUUCGCGAACUCGAGACGUUCUCUCUCGACCCGAGGGGCAUGGUCAUGUCGGGUAGGUUCUGCUGGGCGGCGACCCCCAUCGACGAUAGAUGUCAGGAGCAAGACUGAUCUUGCCAGCACCAUAUGCCGCAGGCUCAAUUGCACAAUCUGCCCGAUCAUCAUCGUCGACAUCGACAGAAGGCGAGGAUCCCCGGCAUCGACGACAGCCGCAGGCCUCUUCCUCCCGGCGACGAGCAGCCCCAGCGCCGACUCCUCAGUCGAUUCGUGGGAGAGCCCCGCCACAACCUUCUUCGCAUCGUCACCGUGCCGGACCUCCACCACCGGCCUCCAUAACCUCGGCUUCGGUCGCACCUUCGUUACCCGGCUACGGUCCACCCCGGACACGUGCCGACUCGCCUCGCCGUCCGGAAGAUUUGAGCGACGAGGAUGACUAUAGCUCCUCGUCUGAUGAGGGUCGCAGGCCUCGACAAUACUAUGAUCACCCACCAGCGUCUUCCCGAGGUGGCUCUGUUCUGGGCGUACCUGCAGGAUACCAACGUGCACCGCUCACGCCGCAGCAAUACGCCGGAUCGUCGCAUGGAGGGCUACAACCUGCGUCGAACAUGAUGCAACCACCGCAACGCAUGCUAUCCCCAGGUCUGGCUCCCUCGCCACAGUUCCAUACGCCUGCCCAACAGCCGCUCCACCCCCACAUGUUUUCGCCGCAACAUCCGCCACCUUCUGCUUCGAUGCUGCACGAGGCAGCUGGUAUCGCUCGGCCAGGGGCCGCUUCCCCUGGUCCUUCGAUGGGCGGCUCGCAGCAGCUCGCCAUGGCCUAUCCACCGGGUGUGCAAAUGCAGAUGCCUAUGCGACCUCCAUCGACCCAGUCAACGGUCAACACAGUCGCUGCGGCCGCCGCUCGUCUGCCGACAGCCGCGGCUGCAGCUCCUGCAGGCCUAGACGCCGCUCUCGAUCGCAUCCAAACCUCCUUGACGGCACUUCACGAACGACUGGCUGAACUCGAACGGUCUUCCAUCUCUUCGUCGACCUCGACAGCAACGGAUCUCGAUUCGCCCAUCUCGUUGCUUCGCUUGACCUUCUUGCGCGUCUUGGUCCUGCUCAAGAUUCGGUCACCGGCGUCGCAACGCACCUUGCCCAAGCUGAGCUGGUACGGCCUCUUCGUGAGGCUCGUACAGAGUUUGAUGAAAGUUGGACGAAGGGUGAUGGGUGAUUUAGGAAUCGCGGUCUUGCUCGUCGCUGUCUUGGGUCGCGUGACGGGGAGAGGGUUCGUGCAGGCCGACGGGAUUGGCGAGUUGGUCGCUCGGGUGGUCAGAGCUUUGGGAGGGGUCAAGAGGACCAGGGAAGCGAGGUUGGAGAACUGA